CCCAGGAAUGUAUGUAAACCAAACCAGUUUCAAGGUUAAUUGAAUUGAACCCAUUCCUCCCCUACCAGUUUCGUCUUCUUAGCUUUUGCAGCCAUGGAAGGCACAAAACCUCAUGCAGCCCUACUCGCUAGCCCUGGCAUGGGUCACCUCAUCCCCGUUCUCGAGCUUGGAAAGCGCCUUAUCACUCAUCACGGCUUCCAAGUCACCGUUUUUGUGGUGGCAACUGAAGUCUCACCCGCCCAAUCCCUGCUGCUCCAACAAGCCACCACUCCUCAUCUCCCUAACUUGGUCUCACUUCCGGUGGUUAAUGACUCCAUCUUAGUCGACCCAGAAGCAUCUGUCCUUGAACAGCUGCUGUCUAUGGUACGCGGCUCCCUUCCACGGCUCCGCUCUGCAAUCUCGGCCAUGAAGGUUCCUCCAACCGUCCUCAUAGUCGAUAUGUUUGGUCUCGAAGCUUUCAAAAUCGCUAAUGAGUUUGAGAUGCUCAAGUACGUUUACAUUACUUCAAACGCAUGGUUCCUUGCUUUCACCGCAUAUUUACCCGUCCUCGAUAAGCUGGUGGAAACCAAAUGCUCUGAUCUCCAAGAACCCACUCGAAUUCCCGGGUGCAAGCCGUUAUGGGUAGAACAUGUAUUUGAGCCGGUUCUGGACAUCAAGAAUGAGAUGUACCACGCAUACAUGCGCAUGGCGGUUGAGAUCACCAUGGCCGAUGGAGUAUUGGUGAACACGUGGGAGAACCUGGAGCAUCCAACGCUUGCUGCCAUGCGCGAUGACAAACUCUUGGGCCAGAUAGUAAAGGCCCCCGUCUAUCCCGUCGGCCCACUUACUAGACCCAUAGAACCGACAGAUUCGGAGAACGGUGUAUUGGACUGGCUGGGCAUGCAACCCAGUGAAUCAGUAAUUUACGUUUCGUUUGGAAGCGGUGGAACUCUAUCAGCUAAGCAAACUACUGAGCUGGCUUGGGGUUUGGAGCUGAGCCGUCAAAACUUUGUCUGGGUGAUACGGCCACCCAUGGAUGAUGAUGCAGCGGCGGCUCUUUUCACAUCGGCGGACGGACGUGAUGGCAUCGCAGAGUACUUGCCUGAUGGGUUCUUGGAGCGGACCAAAAAGGUUGGAUGUGUGGUACCCAUGUGGGCCCCGCAAGCCCAGAUUUUGGGGCAUCCAUCGGUUGGAGGAUUCAUAACGCAUUGCGGGUGGAAUUCAACUCUGGAGAGUAUGGUGAAUGGGGUACCCAUGAUUGCAUGGCCACUCUACGCCGAGCAAAAGAUGAACGCAGUCAUGUUAACCGAAGAGCUGGGUGUGGCCAUCAGACCAAAUGUGUUUCCCACCAAGGGAGUGGUGGGCAGGGAGGAGAUAGCGACCAUGGUGAGGAGGCUGAUGGAGGACUCGGAAGGGAAUGCAAUAAGGGCUAAAGUUAAGGAAUUGAAAUACAGUGCCGAGAAGGCUUUAAGCAAGGGUGGUUCCUCCUACACUUCACUGUCUCAUGUGGUCAUGGAUUGCCAGAUGAUGAGCCGAUCAUCCCAGCAACCCUUGGAUAACAGAACCUCCACCAAUCCUCCAUCCCCGUCACUCAAAGGGAUGCACCUGACCACUGUGCGUUGAGGAGCACGUUAAUUAAUUAAUGGACCAUAGAAAUCAAGUAUCUGUUCUUCUCUUAAGUUUCCCAACUAUAUUUUAUAGGUUGUGGCUAAAGUGCCCUAUAAAGGUCUUCUUGAUUAUCCUAAUGACAAGGGUAUCGUUUUGUUACA